GCUUCUCUUCUCACGACGGAGCCACCACGACCCGCUAUAAAGCGGCCGCCGGCGCCCGCGACGCCAGUUUUCAACCUGAGUGCUCCGCGGACGGCCGGCGCAGCACACACACACACAGACACAGGGAUCCCGCUGACAAGAGCGCUACACAGCCGAGAUGCAGCUGGUGGCAGCGGCGGCGGUCACGUGGUUGGCGGCAGUAGCCGCGGUCGACGCCUUCGGCGGCGGCGAGGACAGGUUCAUCAGGAAGUACGCCAUGAUGAAGGUGUACGAGAGCUGCUUCGGGGCCGACGUAGUGCGCGAGGUGCGCCAGGAGAUGCGCGCAGCUUGCGCCAAGUGUGCGUCCAUGGCGCACGGCUCGCCCGCGCCUGCCGCGGCGCAGCAGGAGGCGCGUCCGCCUCCACCGCCGCCGCCGUCGUCGUCCGCCCCCACGCAGCGGCCCCCGCAACGCCCAGCGCGCCUUCCCGUUGCAGUCCCCGCCCCAGCCGUCCGGCCCCAGCUGCAAGCUGAGGCGCUGGAGGCGGCCGCUGCCGCCAUGGACGCCGCCAAGUUCCAGCAUGCCAUACUAGCUCUUAGCAAACGCCUGGGCCCGCAAACCUCUCCACAGAUUCCACAAGCAUUUGGGUACCCAAGUUACUAUCCCAACAGCCAGUCAGUUGGAGCAGCAACUGCUUGGUCACCGCAGGCUGCAUUCAGCUCACCACCUGGCUAUCUGGCAUACUAUCAGCCUCCCACACCACAAUUUGCUGCCUACCAAGGAGGUUACUACACCACAGGGCCAAGCGCAGAUAUGUACCCACAAGGUCGUGCCAUCAACCAGCGCAGAUCACGAGAUCUUGAUCUUAGAGGACAGCUAGAAACCUUGACAUCCAGGAUUAGUGGAAAAGUCAAGAACGUAACAUGUGUAAUGCAGGAACUGGGAUAUCUUGACGAAAACCUUGAACCCAACUAUGCAAAAAUAACUGAAAGGAUAAAUCAACUGCCAAUCAAUGAUGAACUAAAGAAAGACAUGGUAGACGGAGUAGAAUACUGCAAGCAGUUCUCUCAAUGUGUACCAGAAACAAAGAGAGAUAAAUUACCUUUAUCGAGAGAACUGGCAAAACCAAUGUUUUUCUUCAGAUGUUACAAGCACAAGAAGCUGGAAGCAUGUGUCAUGAAGGAUGUGCGAGAGAGGUACAGUCAGAAUGAUGACAUGUCUGACGUUGACAGUGUGUCUGGUGGUGAGCUGCGAUCCUUCUCAUCUGCACAAGAAGUUGACAGGGAUGACUACGAAGACAUGGCUCUUGCAAUGUAUGAGUUCAUGUAUGGUGGAGAUGGAACUGACUUUGACUCUGUAGCUUAAAAGUUUUUCAUGUAAUUCCUUGAACAGGAUACAAUCCACAUUGGCACAGCUCUCUAAUAAGAAUUGAUGCCUAGGGCAUCAGGGGGAAAUGCUGAACAAACAAUUGUUAAAGUGUAAUUAAACUUUGUUCAUGAGCCACAUUUCAUCACUGAAUCACAAAACAUUUUCUCAUACCUUAAUUACAAUGUGACAUUAAUAACAUUGGCUCAUGAAUGAAAAUUGUUUAAUUGCUUAUUACUGUUUUUAAUAAAAUGUAUAUUACCUU